AAUCACAUUCAACAGACUGUUAUUUCUGUCUUUCAAUUAUUAUGAUUUAUUUGUUUUUAUUUUUUAAAGCCACAAAUAGCAACCACAGGAUAGUUCCUGAUCUCCAUUGCGCAUGCGCACACAGACGUAGUCGCGACACCAGCCGCUCAUCUGUGUCGGCUCAGUACAGAAAGAGAGCCGUAUCAGUGAGUUACUGUUAACCGAUAAGUUCGUUACGAGCAAAGUUUCUUUUCGAGGAAGAAGGCGUUCUGAAAUAUUUUCACUUUAUGUUAACCAUUUAGUUGUGUAGCGGCUCUAACUAAGUAUUAAGUGUUCAUGUUCCGCACAAGUAAGGGCUGUGAGAGAGUUAUCCGGGGGGUGUAACGCUAGCCGUCCAGCUAGCUAGCUUAGCAAAACUUUCCUGUGAAAAAUGCCACCUUUACACCGCAGUGUGUGUCCUGUCCUGCUGCUAUGCCUCUGUACGCCUCUGGUGGCAGGCAUCGGGGAAACUCUGCUCCUGGAAAGUUGGCAGGAUGUGUGGGUUUUCCGUUUUUUCCUCAACAUCCUGGGCUACAGCACCAUCAUCAUCCCUGGAUAUCUCCUGAUUCACUACUUCAAGAGGAUUAACUAUCUUGAGACAGGCCGAGGGAUCUGUUUUCCCCUUAUAAAAGCAUGUGUGUUUGGCACUGACUCUAAAUCGACGCUGCCGGAUGAGGUAACUGAGACACCCAGAAUCGAGUCCGCUUCACCGUCAUGGCAAGCCAUCAAACUUGUUUUCUGUGCAGCAGGACUGCAGGGCUCGUAUUUGACGUGGGGCGUGCUGCAGGAGCGAGUGAUGACGCGUUCCUAUGGAGCCAGUGAAGAUGGGCAAAACGGCGAGCGAUUCACGGACUCUCAGUUCCUGGUGUUCAUGAACCGCAUCCUGGCUCUUACCGUGUCCGGCCUCUGCUGCGUACUGUUUAAACAGCCCAGGCACACGUCACCCAUGUACAAGUACUCGUUUGCCUCCAUCUCCAAUGUCCUGAGCAGCUGGUGUCAGUACGAAGCCCUCAAAUACAUCAGCUUCCCUACACAGGUGCUGGCCAAAGCAUCUAAAGUCAUCCCUGUGAUGCUGAUGGGCAAGCUGGUGUCACACAAGAGCUAUGAAUACUGGGAAUAUUUUACAGCUGUGCUGAUCUCAGUGGGUGUGAGCAUGUUCCUUUUGUCGAGCUCUAGCAGUACCAAGCACGCAACCAUCACUACUUUCUCCGGCAUCAUCAUUCUGGCCGGCUACAUCGUGUUCGACAGCUUCACCUCCAACUGGCAGGACGAGCUUUUCCGCCACAAGAUGUCCUCAGUGCAGAUGAUGUUCGGCGUGAACCUGUUCUCCUGCCUCCUGACGGUGGGCUCUCUGUUGGAGACAGGUGCUCUGUUCGACUCGCUGGCGUUCAUGGGCCGCCACAGCGAGUUUGCAGCUCACGCUGCUCUGCUCUCGCUCUGCUCCGCUUGUGGCCAGCUCUUCAUCUUCUAUACCAUCGCACAGUUCGGCGCCGCCAUCUUCACCAUCAUCAUGACACUGCGCCAGGCCUUCGCUAUCCUGCUCUCCUGCCUCCUCUACGGCCAUGCCAUCUCAUCAACGGGAAUCUUUGGCGUGGCCGUGGUGUUCUUUGCACUCUUUCUCCGCGUCUACGCACGUAGCCGAGUGAAAAAGAGCAGCAAGAAGUCAGCACAGGCACCAUUACAGAAGGUCUAGUUGAAGGACAGUGAUAACACAGCCACGUUAUUUGUGGUUUUGCUUCCUCUAUUUUCUUGUGCGUAUCUUGUGUGCGUGCGUGCGAGCCGGGGGUGUGUUUCAUAAAGCUUUGUUUCUACUCUGUGCAUAAAAAAAAGUACUGAAAAGGGUGGCACUCUUUAUCUUUUUUUUCUUUCUUUCUUUUCUUCUUCUUUCUUUUUUAAAACUCAGACUAAAAGAGAAGAGAAGGGAUAGUUACAUACUUUGUGUUGUGUGUUUGUUGUGGGUUCUGUUUUUGCUGAGCCGGUGUUUGGUCAGAGGUUGGAUUCUCUCCCUUGGGUAUGUGCAAAGAUUUCUCUGUAUGUCUUUGUUACUGAAUAAGUGUGAACUUUAUUAUUUAUGGUUUAGAUUUUAAUUACAACCCGCUGAUCAUUUUUACCCCCGUCAGAUUAAAAAAAAACAAACAAUCAUUUAAAAUGCUUCAUUAUUAUUUGUGAUGAUACCCCAUUCCCAUUUCUUUUAGGUAAUGAUGAGUUUGAGACGAUCCUCAUUGAGCGUUGCUUAAAAAGCAAACUGUUUUCAUAUUAAAAAAAAAAAAAAAACAAACAAACAUCUGAAUGUGACGAAUACAUCCAGCAUUUCAGGCCAGUAACUGAUCUGCUCCUUUAAUCCUGCCUCUACAUCUCACCCUUCUGUCAGGGUAGAUACCUUCUCUGAUUGGUUCAGUCAUAUAAUUCAACAUCCAAUUGAUGGACUUUCACUUAAUCUGUGUGCUUAAGUAAGAAAAUCCCUCAAUCAUCUGAUGGUCAUUACAGUGGAAACAUGGAGUGAAAGGAUUAAAUUGAAUCUUGUCACCUUUCAAAACUUGUCUAAACAUAUUUAAAUCCGCCUGUGCUUUUUUUAUUAUUAUUUAUUUUUUCCUUCAGAGGGUCUGUUUUUUUUUUUUUUGUAUUUUCUACCCUUGAAUAAGAUGAUUGGAGUAAGUGCUGAGAUUUCUUCAGCACCAGACCGUGAGUGCCUACUGUAUUAUAAAGUAGAUUUUUCUGUGAUUAUAGGAACUUGGCAGAUAGAAACAGGUGAUCUGCAAUCACAGCGUUCUUUACCUUGAGCAAGACUCAAAAUGAACAUUGGGCAUGUGCUGAUCAUUAGUUAUGCUGCGUGUGCUACAUAACACACACACACACACACACACACACACACACAUAAACAGCUGUUGUUAUUCCAAAUACCAUCACUUAACCUAAGUUACAUUCACUGGAGAUAAAAAAUCUGUCCAAGGAGACUUGAUUUCACCAAAUCUGGAGUUGCAACCUUCUUAGCCGGGAUAAGACGCAGGAUAAGACCGAGGUUAAUUUAACAUUAAAACGCUGCUCAGUCAGAACACAUACAGAUAAUCAUGGUAUCUUUGUUAAAUACAAUAUUGUGCGGAUUUUUUUUUUUUUUGGAUAAAUGCAUACAUUAGGUGUGGCGUUUUACUCUGAUUUAUUUUAUAUGAAACAUCGCUGGUCAUUUUAAUGUCUCCGAUUAAAAAGGUGCUCUUUCUUGCUUCUUUUUCUUCUUCUUCUCUUACUGGCUGAGAAGAGGACUUUUCUGAUGAGGCACAGGUUUGUUCAGAACAAAAAAAAAAUCCAUAUUUCUCUAAAAAUAAAUAUUCACCACCUUUGAACAUGGCUGAAUAACAAUGCCAAAAUGACGUAAAGAGAAAUCUAUGAAUCUAGAAGCUCAGACUAUUGUCUUAUUGUUAUUAUUAUUAUUAUUAUUAUUAUUAUUAUUAUUAUUAUGUACCAUUACCAUCCUGAUGCUAAUUAUUAUUAAGCAUUUGUUUAAAGGCUAGCCGGUUGUUGUUAUGAAAACUUAAUAUCAGCACAGGGCUAAUUUACCUUGUUAGAAACACUAUAUUGUCACUCAAGUGGUGUUUGAACCUUUUAAAUCUUUUCCAUCGUAUCGGUUCAUUGUUCAUCGAAGGGUCAGAUUAUGACUUAAGACAGCCAGUCGUUCUACUCGACAUGGCCGUGUGUGCAUUUGCACACGAUUUGAUUAAAUCUUGUAAAAAAAAAAAAAAAAA